AUGCUUAUGGGCUACGUGGCCCAACACCCUCCGGCCACACAGUCAGGAAAGUCCAAGGGAGGUGGCGCCAACUCGCGGCUCCGCCACUCCCGACCCGCCGGCCGGUACACCGUUUCCCGGGUUGGCCUGCCCCGCCCCGCUUCCCCGCGGCGCCGCGAGCAGCCGCCAGGGGUGCUGCGCUGCCCUCCCGGGGGAGGAGAGGGUGGAGGGCGGCCGCCGGGCUCACCGCUCCCCCAGGCUCGCCAGCUGCCAGGCGGCGGAGAGCGCGUGGGGCGUGCCGGCCGGGCAGCGUGGGCUUGGGUCGCAGAGGGUGCGGGGCCGCCUCCUUGCCUCCCGGCUGGGGUGCACCGGAGAAGCUCUGCCCGCACUCUCCCCCGAGGGCGCGGGCUGGGGCUCCCGGCGGACCCGCCCACCCACCGCAGCACUCCGGGGGCCGCUGUUCCGCGCUCCUCUCGGCGCCUCUGCCGGCCCUGCACGCCCUCUCCCUUCUCGGCUCUCCCAAGGCCGGGCACACCCACCGCCGCUGCCAGCGUUCGGGGCCCUCCUGUCCGAGUUACACCCCGUCUCCCAAACGGUCGCCAGACCCAGCUGCACACCCAGCCCUGGUCCAGGUACCCGCACAUCAGAGCGCAAUACAAAGAGGCCUGCGCCCCCGAGCCCUCGCCGCCGCCACGCCCGCCCGUGCCCACUCUUCUUCGACCUCCGCCAGGGCUGGAGGCCGAGACCCCUCCUCUCGGCGCCCCCCUGCCCCUCCCCCUGUGUCGCUCAAAUCCACCCAGCGUUCCCCGAAAUCCUGUGAGCUGGGGGCCCUCGGCCGUCCCUCUUCGACCUCUCGGCCCCUGCUCCCGGCCCCCGGGACCGGCCGGCCGCCCACCCCCCACCGCAGCCGCGAGUUUCGGUCCCGGCCCCUCCUCCGGGGCCCUCCUCCUCCCUCGCCCCUCCCGAGCCGGGGUGGGAGCGGCGGCAGCUGGAAGAGAAGGGAUGAGGUCAUCCUCUCCCUCGGAGUCAGCUGGUGGAGGAGAGGAAGCGGGAGGAGGGAGCGCGCACGAGGGGAGGAGAGGAAUGUGCAGGUCCGAGGAGCGCCGAGGCGGCCGCUGCUGCUCCUGCUGCUGGCGGCGGCGGCGGCUCGGGCGGCAGCCCGGCGUUGGCGGCUCGGGCGGCAGCGGGGCGGGCUCCGCGGCGCUGUGCCUGCGCCUGGGCAGGGAGCAGCGGCGCUACUCGCUGUGGGACUGCCUCUGGAUCCUGGCCGCCGUGGCCGUGUACUUCGCGGACGUGGGCACGGACAUCUGGCUCGCCGUGGACUACUACUUGCGCGGCCAGCGCUGGUGGUUCGGGCUCACGCUCUUCUUCGUGGUGCUCGGCUCGCUCUCGGUGCAAGUGUUCAGCUUCCGCUGGUUUGUGCACGAUUUCAGCACCGAGGACAGCGCCACGACCGCCGCCGCCUCCAGCUGCCAGCAGCCUGGAGCCGAUUGCAAGACUGUGGCCAGCAGCGGGGCUGCAGCCGCGGAAGGCGAGGCUCGUCCUUCCACGCCGCAAAGGCAAGCGUCCAACGCCAGCAAGACCAACAUCCCCGCCACCAACAGCGGCAGCAACAGUAGCGGGGCCACCCGGGCCAGCGGCAAACACAGGUCUGCGUCCUGCUCCUUCUGCAUCUGGCUCCUGCAGUCACUCAUCCACAUCUUGCAGCUCGGGCAAAUCUGGAGAUAUUUCCACACAAUAUACUUAGGUAUUCGCAGCCGGCAGAGCGGGGAGAAUGACAGAUGGAGGUUUUACUGGAAAAUGGUGUAUGAGUAUGCAGAUGUGAGUAUGCUGCAUUUGCUAGCCACCUUUCUGGAAAGUGCUCCACAGCUGGUCCUGCAGCUCUGCAUAAUCGUACAGACUCAUAGCUUACAGGCCCUCCAAGGUUUCACGGCAGCAGCCUCCCUCGUGUCUUUGGCUUGGGCCUUGGCCUCUUACCAGAAAGCCCUCCGGGACUCUCGUGACGACAAGAAGCCCAUCAGCUACAUGGCCGUCGUCAUCCAGUUCUGCUGGCACUUCUUCACCAUUGCUGCCAGAGUCAUCACCUUCGCCCUCUUCGCCUCGGUUUUCCAGCUGUACUUCGGGAUCUUCAUCGUCCUCCACUGGUGCAUCAUGACCUUCUGGAUCGUACACUGUGAGACAGAGUUCUGUAUCACCAAAUGGGAAGAGAUUGUGUUCGACAUGGUGGUGGGGAUCAUCUACAUUUUCAGCUGGUUCAACGUCAAGGAAGGGAGGACUCGCUGCAGGCUCUUUAUUUACUAUUUUGUGAUCCUUUUGGAAAAUACAGCCUUGAGUGCCCUCUGGUACCUCUACAAGGCCCCCCAGAUUGCAGAUGCAUUCGCCAUCCCUGCGCUCUGUGUGGUGUUCAGCAGCUUUUUAACGGGCGUCGUUUUUAUGCUGAUGUAUUAUGCCUUCUUUCACCCCAAUGGACCCAGAUUCGGGCAGUCACCAAGCUGCGCUUGUGAGGACCCAGUCGCUGCCUUCACUCUGCCUCCAGAAGUGGCCACGAGCACGCUCCGGUCCAUCUCCAACAACCGCAGUGUCGCCAGCGACCGCGACCAGAAAUUUGCAGAGCGCGACGGGUGCGUACCUGUCUUUCAGGUGAGGCCCACGGCCCCGUCCACCCCAUCGUCUCGCCCACCACGGAUUGAAGAAUCUGUCAUUAAAAUUGACCUGUUCAGGAACAGGUACCCGGCGUGGGAGAGACACGUUUUGGACCGAAGCCUACGGAAGGCCAUCUUGGCCUUCGAGUGUUCCCCGUCUCCUCCGAGGCUGCAGUACAAAGACGAUGCCCUUAUUCAGGAGCGGCUGGAGUACGAAACCACUUUAUAA